ACUGGUUGUUCUCAGUUCCUCCUCCUGUGUCUUAGUGGUUGUUUGCCUAAUAAUGAGAUUGGGAGGGGCCCAGUACCAAUAAAGGCUGCAGGGAGAGAGAGUAUAGAUCUCAUUGCUCCCUUGUACCAGGAUUCACGAUAGCACACUGUGAGAGACGUCAUCUGCAGAUUUUAAACCAUGGCUGAUGAUGAUGUUGCAGCUCUGGUGGUCGACAAUGGAUCUGGGAUGUGUAAGGCUGGCUUUGCAGGCGAUGAUGCUCCCAGGGCUGUGUUUCCCUCCAUCGUGGGACGGCCCCGUCACCAGGGAGUGAUGGUUGGAAUGGGUCAGAAAGAUAGUUAUGUUGGUGAUGAAGCCCAGAGCAAGAGAGGCAUUCUGACCCUGAAGUACCCAAUUGAGCAUGGGAUUGUGACCAACUGGGAUGACAUGGAGAAGAUCUGGCACCACACCUUCUACAAUGAACUGAGAGUGGCCCCAGAGGAGCAUCCUGUUCUCCUCACAGAGGCACCUCUCAACCCCAAAGCCAACCGGGAGAAGAUGACCCAGAUCAUGUUUGAGACAUUCAACACACCAGCCAUGUAUGUUGCCAUUCAAGCUGUGCUGUCCUUGUACGCCUCUGGCCGUACAACUGGCAUUGUACUAGAUUCUGGUGAUGGUGUAUCCCACACUGUGCCAAUCUAUGAAGGGUAUGCCUUGCCCCAUGCCAUCCUGAGAUUGGACCUGGCUGGCCGAGACCUCACUGACUACAUGAUGAAGAUCCUGACUGAACGUGGGUACUCCUUCACAACCACGGCCGAGAGGGAGAUCGUACGUGACGUCAAGGAGAAACUUGCCUACGUGGCCCUAGAUUUUGAAUCUGAGAUGCAGACGGCCAGCUCGUCUUCAGCCUUGGAGAAAAGUUAUGAGCUCCCUGAUGGCCAAGUCAUUACCAUUGGUAAUGAGCGUUUCAGGUGCCCAGAAGCCCUUUUCCAACCGUCCUUCCUUGGGAUGGAAUCUUGUGGGAUCCAUGAGACUUGUUACAACAGCAUCAUGAAAUGUGAUGUAGAUAUCAGGAAGGAUCUGUAUGCCAAUACAGUCUUGUCUGGUGGAACCACCAUGUUCCCAGGUAUUGCUGAUCGGAUGCAGAAGGAAAUCACAGCCUUGGCUCCGAGCACAAUGAAGAUAAAGAUCAUUGCUCCUCCUGAGAGGAAGUAUUCCGUGUGGAUCGGAGGCUCCAUCUUGGCUUCUCUCUCCACCUUCCAGCAAAUGUGGAUCAGUAAGCAGGAGUACGAUGAGUCUGGGCCCUCCAUAGUCCAUCGCAAGUGUUUCUAACUUGCUGUAGGUUUCUGUCCUUGCCCAGGACUUGUCCACCUACAAUGUCACUUGCAGCUUCUGCUCUUACAUAGAUCCUCAGUUUUGCUUUUGCCCAGCCUGAUCUAAUACAUGUCUUCCCACCCCUUUCUUACCAAAUUUCAGUCAAAUCUGCUUUCCAUUAAAUUGGAUAAGGUCACAUAGUGUGAUAUGAAAUGGUGCAAUUACCCAGGCUUUGGUUUUGAAUUUCCAUCACCCCCUGAUGGACCAUGCAGGUUUAUUCUAACAUUCCUUCUGAACAGAUUCAGUGCCAUAGCUGAAAGUUUCAUUUGUGAUGUAGUCUUGUAUUUUGAUUUCAAACAAAUUGAAAUAAAGAUGAUUUAUGAAAUUAA